UAGAUCGUCGUUAAUAACUGGGGCUCCCCGGGAUUGUUCACAACAACAGAGGAAGCCGCACCAGCUCUGACCAAAUAAAGCCCCGUCGCGAUUUUUAGAUCCUGUUUUGGAGCCGUACUAACGGAAACCAGCGUUAACGCGUUCCUGUGCGGAGGGCUCCGGUCUCCCUCUCAUAGCUAUUGUUUGUACCGAGCUAGCUUUGUCCUUCUUUGCCGUCACAGCUGUGCUGGGUUGCUGAGAUAUAUUUAUACAACUCGUUGUGGAAUAUGGCUCAGCAUGGACUUCAUGUAGCCAGUUCCCAAAAAGCACUAAUGCUGGAGAUGAAAAGUCUCCAAGACGAGCCGGUCGAGGGGUUCAAAAUAACUUUGGUGGACGAGUCGGACAUGUACAACUGGGAAGUGGCGAUAUUCGGACCCCCAAAUACACACUACGAGGGUGGUUAUUUUAAGGCUCGGAUCAAGUUCCCCGUCGACUACCCAUACUCUCCACCUGCUUUCCGAUUCCUCACCAAAAUGUGGCACCCCAACAUUUAUGAGAACGGGGAUGUAUGCAUUUCUAUCCUGCACCCACCAGUGGACGACCCACAGAGCGGAGAGUUGCCUUCAGAGAGGUGGAACCCCACACAGAACGUCAGGACCAUCCUGCUCAGCGUGAUCUCUUUGCUGAACGAGCCCAACACUUUCUCCCCGGCCAACGUGGACGCAUCCGUCAUGUACCGCAAGUGGAGGGACAGCAAGGGCAAGGACAGAGAAUACAUCGAGAUCAUCAGGAAGCAGGUGCUGGCUACCAAAGCUGACGCAGAGCGGGACGGCGUCAAGGUUCCCGUCACGUUGGACGAGUACUGCGUCCGCACCCAAGUCCCGCCCACAGACGACGGCUCCAACCUCUUAUACGACGACUACUACGACGACGAGGAACUGGAGGAGGACGACGAGGACGACAACGAGGACUGUUGCUAUGAUGACGACGACUCAGGCACCGAGGACUCCUGACCUCGCCCCCCCCCCCCCCCCCCCCCCCCCCCCCCCCCCAUGAUGUCACAUCCCCUUCGUCCCUGCCCUCACCCUCCCCUCAUACACACACACUCGUCCCUCUCUUGUCAUGGACUAAACUUUAAUUCCCCGCCCCCUCUUUGUCCUGAAUCGACCCCUCGUCAUUUUCACUUAGCGCAGGCCUCCCUGUCCACCUUCUGUCACAUGUGCAGUCACAGUAUGCACACUAAAACCUGAUGCAUCGAAGAAAAGAAAGCUACAGAGUUGUUUUUUUGUUUGUUUCUUACAUGUUUAUUUUUUUUCCAUUUGUUGUCUGAGUAGAGGUUACACACGAUGCAUACACAGCAGCACAACUCACAGUAAUAGUACUUCCUCAUCUGCUUCUGUUUGUCUGCGCUGAUAAUGAAAUUUCCACAACAGCGUUUGAGAGCUCUGAGACCUGUUCCUUCCUCUGGCUUUCAGUGGAACAAAGCCUGACUGCUGGCCAACUUUCUUGAAGAAACUUUGGCGGAGGAACGGUCACGCCUUUUCUCGACAUCAUCAGCAGGGUGGAAUGUAACGUCACAGGUCAGAUCAGAUCAGAUUAACACAAGCAGGGAGCAUUUACAGAGGAAGCAAAUUUAGGAAAAUUGGCUGUGUUUUGAGAAGCCGAGUCACUUCCGUCUCUGAGCCAUGUGUGUGACCUCCGGUUAGCAGGCGCCAUGCUUCACCUCUGACCUUUUUUUGAGCCCCAGGGCUUGUGCUGCUCCAAACAGGGAAGUUAUCCAUUUCCAAAUGAAGCUGUUCACACUCCCUUGUGCCUUCCCUCACUCCCUGAUAUCACAGACCGGAAUGACUUGUGGGACAGACCUUGUACACAGCGGGUCAAAGCAGCCUGACAAACAAAGGUGGCAGAGGGAGAUAUUCAAGCUCACAAGGUCUCAGGUGGGGAUACCGUGCAAACAGCGCCCUCCUGAUGGAACAAACUUAUUUAUAGCAGGAGUGUGAGUGAGAGAGGUGUACGAUCCAACAGCUGAACUACAGACUGGAAUGUAGAGCAGAAUCCCACAACCGUCGUCCCGACUGCCACGCAGCCUUCAUCAUACGAGCACUUGCUACUAGUGGCCUGGAUGCAUUAAGAAACAGCUAGCUGAGCCUGCUGCUGCUCAUGAAAUCCAAUGUACUGUAUUAAAAAAACCUAUGCAGUCAGUGCUUGUACCUACUUAAUAUGCAGUGCUUUAAACGUGGCAGUGAAGCUGAGCCUUUCAACAGUCUGACCCCAAACUCCAGCUUGAGUUUUACAACACGUGAGGGCUUUGGACUAACUGUGUCCUUCGGUUAGAGAUGGACAUGUGUUGUAUCGUCUCCGUUUGCAGUGGGUUUGUUAUUCCAACUCAAGAGUAGCACACCAGCUUUCAUCAGAGCUCGCCCCCUAGUGGUCGUGGCUGUGUGUACAGGCAUUUUCUGUCCCCCCCACUUCUCUGAAAUGCUCGACUGUGCCGCCGCCAUCUUGACUCACCUGAAUCAAUGAACCCUGUUACCUCAGAGGAGAUCAUGUAGCAGUGUGAGUGAUUCAGAAGAAUGAAAAUGGCCUGAUGAAUAUGCCUGUCAGAGGCCCCCUGCGGUUCCUCCUAACUGCCAGGAGAGCUCUGUCGCACCCUCAAGACACGUUAAACCGCCAUCCAACAGUAUUUACGAUGAAACCCUCAACAUCGCUGUACUCACUUUUUCCGUUGUGUGUGUGAAUAUUUCGCCGAUCGUUUCUAAGAUGUGCUGAGAAAUGUGGAGAAGAAGCAGAAAUGGGAAGGAAUGGGGAUGGGGUUGAUCUUUGAGCAUGAACAGGAGAAUGUGGUUCUUCACUAGCAUGCUGUUAUGAUGUGUUUGUGGUUUUAGGUCUGCUAUAAGGGUCGGGGUUGUGUCCAGGGGCAAAGCUCCUCUACUUAAUUUUAUCUAAAACUGUUGCAUUGUGAAUGGGCUGAGGGUUGUCCGUUUAUUUUUUGUUUUUUUGGGAGGGGGCCUUCUUUUACUGUUAUGAUGUAAUCUUUUAUUUCCAAAUUGUGGUGUGAGCUGCAAUGUUUUCUAUCUGAUUAUGUAUUAAAUGCUACGAAUUUUGACCUGAUUGUUAAAAACCCGGGAUUGUUAAUGGAAGAACAACUAAAUGUACCAACUUGUUAUACACAAACAUGACAUGAGAAAAGUGACGCAGAACCAAAUUGACACCACACAGUGAUUAUCCAAGCCUCGUAUCAAGCCCUGAAUGCUCAGAAAUUAGUCACCAACACUUAAUAAUUAACUGACGUCUGUCCCACAGCCUACAAAUGACCCUCCUCCCCUCUGUUCUGAUGUUUCGAGGUGAAUGGGAUUUCAUUUUUGUCAAACUACUGUUAUUUUUAUCGUCUUCUCCUCCCCAGUUCCCUGAGCUCUGAUUGGUGGCAGCAUCACUGAGGGAUAAAAACCCAGCAGUUAAUUACAGAAAACCACAAGAACCUCAGGAAAAACAACAAAUACCAACAAACAAACAAACAAACAAACAAACAAACAAACAAAC